AAGAAAAGAGCGAGAGAGAGGAAGAGAGAGAGAAAGAGAAAAGGCGACUAGGAACCGAAGAAGCACUCCCACCGUGGGUGCCUGCCACCAUGGGAGCCUUGCAUCACUUGCCCGAGCCGUUGCUUCGUCCAUGGGCCAUGUCGUGAUCCGUGGGCACCGCCAGCGGGAUUUCUGUCAGUGAUCCUAGCCGCCAAAGAGAGGGGGAGAAGAUGUCCGCCUCGGUGGGCCCUCCGGGCGGCGCGCGUCCACCCGUCGUGCCGGCGUCCAUGCCCGAACCGGACCUGAGCCAUCUGACAGAGGAGGAGAGGAAGAUCAUAAUGGCCGUGCUAGCUCGACAGAAGGAGGAGGAGGAGAAGGAAGAGGCCAUGUUAAAGGAGGAGAAGCCCAUCCAAGCAAGAACUGUGAACCUGGUUGGGCAGAAGAAGCCUCCUCAGCAAAACGAUGUCCGAGGUAUCCAGCAGCAGAUGUGGAGCUACAGGGAGACGGUGCGGCGGGUGGGGGAGGAGACGCGCCGGCAGACCACCACGGGCCAGCACCGGGACGACGCUCCCACCUGUGGCAUCUGCCACAAGACCAAGUUUGCUGACGGCUGUGGCAGCCUCUGCUCUUACUGCCAGACCAAGUUCUGUGCCCGCUGCGGAGGGAGGGUGUCCUUGCGCACCAACAGUGAGGACAAAGUGGUGAUGUGGGUGUGUAAUAACUGCCGUAAGCAGCAGGAGAUCCUCACUAAGCCAGGGGAGUGGUUCUCAGGUCCAGGGAAGCCAGGUCUAGGCUCAGGCAUCAGUGACCCGGCCAUGUGUGGCCUGAACCCCGGUGACAAGAAGCUCCGUUCCCACUUCCAAGUCCCCCUGGGGCCCCUCGACCCCAAUCACCCCGGUGACCCAGGACUGGCACCCGGAAUGGACCCCCGCUCACGUAGCGAGCCGCCGAGAAAGCCGGGCGAUCAGAACAUUAAAGGUCGAGGUGAGCGUCGGCCGGGUCACCCCAGACUCCAUACCCAGGUGUCAGUGGACCGGGACCAGUGGGAGCGGGAGCGGAGGGAGGGCCGGCGGCUGAGUAAGGGCCGCUCUCUGGAACAUGACCCUGUGGGAGUGGGGGUCCCCCGAUGGACAGAGAAGGGCUACCACAUAGACCCCAACGCCCCCCGACAUUUAGCCCAGCCCCAGCCAGGGGAGCCACUGGGGGGCAGGCACCCUCUACAGCCCCAGGGGCGAGGCAGGGGGGUUGGGAUGGGGAUUGGGUUUGAGAGUGUUGGGGGCAUUGGGGGCCAGCCCGAGGCUAUGCUGGGCCAGAGGACGGUGGUCGGGGGCACUAGGGGGCCACAGGGCCUCGGCCCUCCACAGCUCCAGCCCCCAGAACUCAGGGAGCCCCCUGGGACAGCCCCAGGCCCCGGUCAGGAUCCCCUCCUGCGCCGGUCCAAACGGGACAAGGCUGAGAGCAUGCUGCGCAAUGAUUCGCUCAGCUCGGACCAAUCAGAGUCUCUGCGGCCGCCCCCGCCACGGCCGUACAAGUCAAAACGUGGCGGUGCCACGAAGAGACAGACAUCUGUCAGCAGCUCAGAGGAAGAGGGAGGGACCACGCCGGAGUAUAGCAGCUGUGAGGACGCCGAGAUUGAGAGUGUCAGCGAGAGAGGUGGGAGAGGUAAGAGGAGAGGGGACUGGGAGUGCUACCCGCUGGACCCCACUGUGUGGCAUCAUCCGGUGACAUGGCAGCCGUCCAAAGAGGGUGACCAUCUAAUUGGCCGAAUCACCCUGAGCAAGAGGAGUGCUAUGCCCAAAGAGGCCGGAGCACCGUUGGGGCUGAAGGUGGUUGGGGGAAGGGUCACAGAGGCGGGCAGACUGGGAGCCUUCAUCACUGUAGUCAAGAAGGGCAGUCUGGCCGACAUCGUGGGACACCUUCGAGCAGGGGAUGAGGUUCUGCAGUGGAACGGCAAGAUGUUGCCAGGAGCAACACAGAAAGAAGUUUAUAAUAUCAUUCUCAAUUCUCAAGCAGAACCUCAAGUGGAACUAGUGGUGUCCCGGCCCAUUGGUGAUAUCCCAAGAAUCCCAGACACGUCCCACCCUCCAUUAGAAUCUACAGGUUCCAGUUCAUUUGAGUCCCAGAAGAUGGAGCGGCCAUCUAUAUCGGUCAUGUCCCCCACCAGUCCCAGUACACUUAGAGACCACCCACAGCUAAUGCCUGGACAGCUUGCAGUACUGCCCGGACAACUUUUAGUCAAGCUGUGGUAUGAUAAGGUGGGACACCAGCUGAUUGUGAACGUGGUACAGGCUACAGAGCUGCCUCCCCGCCCGGAUGGGCGUCCCAGAAACCCCUACGUCAAAAUGUACUUCCUGCCAGACCGAAGCGAUAAGAGCAAGCGGAGGACUAAGACAGUGAAGAAGAGUGGAGAGCCAAAGUGGAACCAGACGUUUGUGUACUCCCACAUCCACCGCAGAGACUUUCGCCAACACAUGCUAGAGCUGACCAUGUGGGACCAGCCUCGCUUACCUGACGAGAAUAGCAUGUUCAUGGGAGAGAUCCUAAUAGAGCUGGAGACAGCCCCGUUGGAUGACAAGCCUCACUGGUACAAGCUGCAGACCCACGACGUGUCGUCUAUCCCCCUGCCCUGGCCAUCCCCUUACAUGCCCCGCAGAAACACAGACACACCCAGCAAGAAGCUGCAGCGUUCUCAGCGUGUUAAAGAGCCUGAGUACGAUGACACUGGACCUAUGUCUAAAGCUGCCGAGAGGGGUUCGCGGGAGAGGGGGAGGCAGCAGAAGGAUCCCCACGCCACCACUCUGGAGGUGCCGGAGCAGAAGAGGACACCCCAGCAUCGCUCUCGAUCUGUCUCUCCUCACAGAGAGGAACAGGGCAGGGGGCGAUCACGACCCGCCAAUGUACCCACCCAGAGGAGUUUGGAUGAUGAGAUCCACCAUAGUAGGAGGUCUCGUUCUCCCACCCGCUACUACGACUCUACCAGAGGACACUACCAGGAGCAGGACUAUGUAGAUGACAGUGAGGUCAUCCUGAUCCACCAGUCAAUGCGGGGCAAAAGUGCAGAAUGCCUACACACUGAAAGUGAUCUACAUACCUCUCUGGACAGGGUUAAGACUAGGAGUGCUAGCACCAACUGUCUGAACCCAGAAAGGAACCAUAGUGUUCCUUCACCAGAUCCCCAAAGCUGCUCCCAGUCUCUGCCCCGCAGACGCCCCGCCAGCCCCAGGAUUCUAAUCCAACACGCCUCCCCAGAAGACGACAGCAAAUGGAUGAUGGAACCUCUAGUACCUAGACAGGAGACAGUUAACCACCUCAGUGCAAAGAAGAGGCAAACUCGGAGCCUGGACUCAUCCACCUGUCACACUCUGGGCAAGAAGCUCCCUGACAACGACAGAAUAAAGCCCACCUCCAUCCUGAGGGGGUCCCGAGGACGGCCCCCUCCCCUGCGGCCUCUCGGUAAGGGGACCCUCCAGGAGUUGGCCCCGGGCUCACCCCAACCAUACAGGGGCCACCUCCAAGGUGGUGCGUCUCUGUCCUCCUCAGUGAUGUCCUCGUCAGCAGCUCGCAGGGUCAGACAACUCCCACAGGUCCCAGACAAGAGCAGCAGCCCCGUAGAGCAAGCCCUAGCAGCAGAGGAGCGUGUUCGUCAGCUCCAGAUGAAGGUGCAGCAGAGGGACUCCUAUAGGAGUUCUGCUGCUCCGUCCACUUCUAGCAGGGACGUGGAGAGGGUGCUCAAGAGCAAACGCGAGGUCAGUCACCUGUCACUUGAGCUGUAUAAGGACCAGAGGAGAACCAGCUGUGAGAACGUAUCCCGCAAGUCUUCAGACAGUGAUGUCAGCGACGUGUCAGCCAUCUCUCGCACCAGCAGUGCCUCCCGCAUCAGUAGUACCAGCUACAUAUCCAUCCAGUCAGAGAGACCCCGGGGACGCUUCAACAAGGCGAUGCGUGCGUCAGGCCGCAGCAUGUUGAAGAGCACCAGUGUGAGUGGUGAGAUCUAUGGCAUUGAGCACACGGACGGCAGCCAAUCAGAUACAGCAUUGGGCGGGGGCAAGAAGCGACGCUCCAGCCUCAGCCAACGGGUGGUGGCCAUUGUAGGCCUGCCCUCCAGACGCAGCUGCAGCACCUCACAGCUGACCUCCCAGAAAGCAGUGGUGGUGGAUACUAAGAAGAAGGGCAAAAAAAAGAACAAAAUUCAGAUCCAGCGGAGUACAGAGGUGGGCAUGGCUGUAGAGUACCCCCGCUCUGCCAUGAACCGCCAGGCCAGCAGAGACUCCACUGACGGGAGCAUGAACAGCUACAGCUCUGAGGGGAAUCUAAUCUUCUCGGGGAUGAGGCUGGGGGUUGACAGUCAGUUCAGUGACUUCCUGGAUGGCCUUGGCCCCGCCCAACUGGUGGGCCGGCAAACAUUAGCCACACCCGCAAUGGGAGAUGUUCAGAUCGGAAUGAUGGACAAAAAAGGCCAGCUAGAGGUGGAGGUGAUUAGAGCACGUGGCCUUACACCCAAACCAGGGUCCAAAUCACUCCCAGCACCCUAUGUCAAGGCCUACCUGCUGGAUAACGGAGCCUGUAAAGCCAAAAAGAAAACCAAGAUUGCACGUAAAACCCUGGAGCCACUCUACCAGCAGGCCCUGCUGUUUGAGGAAAGCCCACAGGGGAAAGUCCUCCAGGUAAUAGUCUGGGGCGACUACGGGCGACUGGAUCACAAAUGCUUCAUGGGAGUUGCACAGAUCCUAUUGGAGGAGCUGGACCUCUCCAGCACAGUGAUUGGCUGGUACAAAUUGUUUCCUCCUUCCUCAUUGGUGGACCCUACCUUAGCCUCGCUUACGCGGCGGGCAUCCCAGACAUCCCUGGACAGCUCAGGACCAGCUGGUAUGCGCUCUUAGUGACCACAACGCAACCACAACCCCAAAUGGACAACAACCAAUGGACCACAACUGACCAGAGUGCAUGACCACAUCCCUAGGGCCAAGAUAAACCUUAAGCAAAUCAAAGCCAGACAGAUAGAGAUAUACAGAGAAAGAGAGGGAGAGCGAGAACUAGCCAAUCAAAGUUUAGCUGAAGUCAGACAAUCAUUUCCCAUGCCUCCCUCCUUCUGUCUUCUCUCCUUUCUCUGGGCUGCUAGGCCUUGCUCCUGAGUCUCACCUCUUCUAUUUCUCAUCCCUCCUUUUUAUGUAUCCAUCCUCCUCCUCUCUGACAUCUCCUGUUUUGUCCCCUCUUUCUCCAUUCCUCCUCUCCCUCCGUUGAGUGUGUUAUGGCUUGUGCUCCUGAGAUUGAAGGGACUCAUGCAGCCCACUCUGUUAGGGGGCACAAGGGAUGUCAGCUCAGGCUUGGUGUAGCCAAUCAGUGAAUAGGUUAUUGUGAGGCCAUAAAGAGUGUGCAGGAGACAAAGGGAAAAUGUUGAAGAUACCCUGCCGACAGCUGCCCAUCAAAAUGCGUUUCAGCAUUGAGGUCGUCAUGGCAUUGCUAUAUCUGUGAGGAUUGGCGUGAUUGCGCAACCUGUUAGGGGAGGGAGACUGCACAGGUGAAGACAAUACUUGUUCUAAGAUCAAAGCAAGCACAAAAGCUUGAUUCUUUUUCAGACAACAAAUGGUUGCGAAAGAGAAAAAAAAGGGCCAAAUUAUGGUUAGAUCUAUUUUAUUCCAUAUUCUAUUUGCCUAGAGUUGAGAAUGUGGUGCAGACUCCCUGUGUGCAUAUUUGGUUUCGAGUGACGGUGGUCUGCAGACCAGCAGAGGUCUCGUCACCCCCGGCGAGUGUGGCGGGCGCAGCAUGACUCGGGACCCCGGCCCAAGCUGCAUGCACAUUUUUUUGUAAAACGAAAGCCAGACGAAUAACUUAAAAAGAGACUAGACUAAAUGUGUGUUAGUUCCACAUACUUUAGGCCAGCUUGUAUGUUGCAUGUACUUGUACAGUUUGCUCGUACUGAAUAUGAAUACAAACAGAAAAGCCAUCCGCCAUCCAAGGGCGGACACCGGGGGAAUAAGCUCCGCCCAGGCCACACCUCCCACUCUGCGUAUGAAUAUCCAUAUUAGGAAGUCUCCAAAAUACUUUUUUAUUUUCUUGUGUUCCUUUUGAACCCUUUGGAGAACAGUGCUGUAUCGUAGUACUGAGCGAACUGACUAUCUGAGGAGCUAAGUGUUUUAACUAUAGUCUUUGGCAGUGGGGCUAGGUAGAGAAUGUGUGUAUAAAAACAGAGAUUAAUGUAUAUGAAGUAUAAUUAUGACAUAAAUGAUAAAAGAUAUAGAUAUAUAUGAUUAUCAAAUGAGUGUAUCUGACUAUACAACUAUCACCUAUAAACACACACACACACGUUGUAAAUAUGAGUCAGGGGGACGAUAUUUACACACACAAAACGAUCCAAACAUUCCUAGUCCUAUGGAAACAGAUCUGAGCCCCUUGCCCUGUGCUUUGAGAGCCGCUGAGCGGUGCCCAACCACAAGGGGGAGCCAGCAGACCUUUCAGUUUCUCCUCAUAGCAGCCAAAACCAACAUGACUAUUUGCAACACAUGCCACCUUGUUUCUUUAACCGCAAAACUUUAAUCCCCGUAUUUUAUCAUGGUUUGGACUGAAUUUAAAAACCCACAAAGGUUUUGUUAGCUGACGUUUUAGUUGAACCUCUUGCGGUGCGGCCCACUGCCCUUUCCUUUGUCGGUAUUACUCCACGAUACUGAUUGUUUACAGUCCAUGAGUUUCCACUCAAAACACCAUAUCUAGGAAAGAAGUAUUCACUUCAACAUUUCUUGUUUGUAUAACAGAUGUGGCUCUACUGAUGUGUAUGUUUUAUAUUCAAGAGUUCAUUUUUAUUAUUUACAAAUAAAAGACUGUGGAAGAAAAUGGUGGGCAAA